AUGGGAAGAGGGAGGAUUGAAGUGCUGAGGAUAGAGAACAAUGUCAACAGGCAGGUGACGUUCUCCAAGAGGAAGACCGGUCUGCUCAAGAAGGCCUACGAGCUCUCGGUUCUCUGCGACGUGGAGCUCGGACUCAUCAUCUUCUCCGGUCGCGGCAAGCUCUUCCACUUCUCUACCGCCUCAAGUUUGCUUAACAUAAUUGAGCAGUACAGAAGGUGUAGCCAUAACAAUAAUCCAACAGAAUCCUGGGACUCAUCAAAUAAUGAGACACAGAAUAAUUACCUUGAAUUCUUGAGGCUGAAAACACGAAUUGACUUUCUUCAACGUUCUCAAAGGAACCUGCUUGGUGAAGAUCUACAGUCCCUAAACAUUAAAGAGCUCGAUCAGCUUGAGAAUCAAAUUGAAGUAUCAUUAAGCCAUAUCAGAUCAACAAAGAGCCAAGUAAUUACUAAUGAGAUAUCAGAUCUUAAAUGCAAGGAAAACAAGUUGCAAGAAUUUAACACAACCCUGAGAAAGAAGUUGCAAGAAAUUGUUGCAGAUGAUUUCCUCCAUAGCUCAAUGCAAGAAGGUGACAAUAGCAAUAUCAAGUCCGGUCGGUCAGAGUUUCACCCUCUGGAAUGUGAUCCUUCGGUGCAAAUUGGGUCCAAUCCCUCUGUGGACCUAUUGAGUGGAGAAAUGGCUUUCAUGGCCGAAGAUGUUGAUGAAUUUGUCAGGCAAUGGAUGUGAAGAUGUUCAUCUCAAACUAUACAUACAGACUUUUUAAAGAUAUUUGAUAUUUUGAGAACAUAUGUGAAAAAGGCAAUAAAUGGUGUGCGUUUAUGUAAAAA